UGUUUAAGUCCAAAACCACCUCCAGACUUUAAUUUCAGUAAUUGGAUUCCAUUCGGCGACUAAAAUGAAAAAAAAUCAAUAAUGUAUUGGGGUUGUUUAAGUCCAAAACCACCUCAAUGUUUUAAACUAAACUAAACUAAACUAAACUAAAAAAAAAAAAAAAAAAAAAAAUUAAAAUAAGCCUAGUAGAGAUUGCCUAAUCCUGAAAAAAUCCAGACUUUAAUUUCAGUAAUUGGAUUCCAUUCGGCGACUAAAAUGAAAAAAAAUCAAUAAUGUAUUGGGGUUGUUUAAGUCCAAAACCACCUCAAUGUUUUAAACUAAACUAAACUAAAAAAAAAAAUAAAAAAAAAAAUAAAAUAAAAUAAGCCUAGUAGAGAUUGCCUAAUCCUGAAAAAAUCCCGUUUCCAAGUCCUUCUAUAACGGCGGGAAUAAAAAAAGAAAAAGAAAAAGAAAAAACGUGUUUGCCUUUGGAGAUGGUUAUUAGUACUUAUUAUUACCCAUUUGUAAGGAUUAUUUUAUUUUAUUUUAUUUUAAAGACUUAUUAACUACUACGUAUUUGAAUUGCGGUGGUUUGAACGGAGUAUUGCAGCCCUAUGACACACAUUCCUUCGGGUUUAAUUCGAAACCCUUCUCCUUCUGAUCCGUGGGAGCUUUUUCUUCGCCCUUGAAAAGGACCUCGCAAGAAAUUUCAUAGAUAGAAAUGGUAAAGAUUGUGGAUCUCUUUUUUGUGAGGAACGAAGUGCUCUGGUCGCUCUAGCUGUUCCUUCUGUCUCAGGUGUGCCAAAUAAGAAGAAAGGGGUGAAGCCCCCUCAGAGCUACAAGCCUACAAGAGAGGGAGAAAGCUGAGAACUGAGGCGCGAAGAAGAGAAAGAGAAACUGUGUAGCUAGAGAGAGAGAGAGAGAGAGAGAAUGAGAGUGAUGGAUGCACAGGCACAGCAACACCAGCAAUGGAUGAUGAGCGCGCAGGCUCAACGCCAGAUACCAACGGCCAUUACAUCAUCUUCACAACCGUACCAUCACCCGACCUCGCUCGAAGAAUUCCGUACCCUUAGGGUUGGCGAUUUACAGUACUGGUGCGACGAAGCCUACCUCUAUUACUGCUUGGGUCACACCGGCGAGAUGGUUUCAAAUAAAAUAAUACGUAACGAGAUCACUGGCCAGCCAGAAGGUUAUGGGUUUGUGGAGUUUGCUUCACAUGCAGCAGCUGAAAGGAUUCUGCAGUCAUACAAUGGGACACAAAUGCCUGGGACUGAACAAAAUUUUAGGUUAAAUUGGGCAUCUUUUGGGAUUGGAGAGAGACGUCCUGUUGCUGGGACUGAGCAUUCUAUUUUUGUUGGGGACUUGGCAUCUGAUGUCACGGAUUACUUGUUGCAAGAGACCUUUUGGACUCAUUAUCCAUCUGUUAAAGGUGCCAAGGUUGUAACUGAUCCAUAUACUUGGCGCUCAAGGGGAUUUGGUUUUGUUUACUUUGCUGAUGAGAUGGAAAGAAACCGUGCCGUGACUGAAAUGAAUGGUGUCUAUUGUCCGACGAGGCCAAUGCGUAUUAUUGCAAUACCGAAGAAGACUACUGAUUUUCAACAGCAAUAUGCAGCAGCUAGAGCCUUAUAUCCAGCUACAGCUUAUGCUCCAGCUCCAGCUCCACCAGUGCAGACAAUCCCAGUAGACAAUGCUAUGAAUAACACUACAGUUUAUAUUGGGAAUCUAGAUCCUAACCUCACAGAAGAGGAACUGAGGUCAAUCUUUUUGCAAUUUGGAGAAAUUAUCUAUGUCAAGAUCCCUACAACUAAUGGAUGUGGUUUUGUGCAGUUUGCAACCAGGGCAUCUGCUGAAGAAGCAAUCCAGAGGAUGUAGGGAACCGUGAUUGGUCAACUAAGGGUUCGUCUUUCUUGGGGCUGGAUCCCAACGGCUAUACAGCUCUCUCUCGUAUUGGCAUGAUUAUAUACUGCGUUCAGGUAGAGAAGAGAAUUCUUCAGUCGAUCGCCGGAACUUUCGUUGGUAACGAGUAUUCUGUUUGCUUUUCCUUUUCCUUUUCUUUUUUCUCCAUUAGACAAGCCUUUAUUUGAGACUUUUUCCAUUCUUCUUCAUCUCUCUUUUUUUUUUAAAUUUAUUUUUUCUCUGUUAUGGUGAUUUUAGUGCUUAUAAAACCAAGUGAGAUUCAGUACAACAAUUGCUUGAUUUAUGCAAAAGUUUCAUUACAGUUUUCAUUGUUGUUGCAGCUUGGUAAAAAUUGUUUUUGAAGUACAAGCUUAUAAUAAAAAAAACCAAAUAGUUAACGGUUCUCAUGGAA